AUGGUUGUCCAUAAUGUUCAAGAUCGUCCUUCCUUCACAGCCACCAUCAACGACAAUAAGAUCGUUGUCCUCGACUGUUUCGCAACAUGGUGCGGCCCUUGCAAGGUCAUUGCGCCUCAAGUCGAAAAGUUCUCUGAGGAGUUCCCUAACAUCCGCUUCGUCAAGGUCGACGUUGAUGAGGUCCCCGACGUCGCCCAGGAGCUCGGCAUCCGCGCCAUGCCCACAUUCAUUGUCUUCAAGAACGGCGAAAAGGACAAGGAGAUCGUUGGUGCCAACCCCGUAGCUUUGAGGGCUGCCAUUGAGGCCGCUGCGGCCGAAGUUGAGGGCAAAUAG